AUCGGGUUCCUGUGAAAACUGAGAGGGAAGAAUAUGACGACAAUGACGAUCAGUACCCCAAGAGUGAAGAAGAAGGUGAGCGAGACAAUGAACUUGAUGAAGAAGAGGAAGAAGAAGAGGAGAAGGAAAGGGACGAGGAAGACGAAGGAGAAGAAGAGGGGGAAGGGGAGGAAGAAGGAGAAACCCUCAACGAACCACAGGACCUGUCUCUGGCAGAUUAUGUCAAGUACGAGAGCACAGGCCUGCAGGACGCCCACACUGACUCCUCAUUGUACGCAGCAGCACCCCGCAGCCACGCAGCAGGCAAGCUCAACUGUGACGUCUGUGGCCUGUCCUGCGUCAGCAUCAAUGUGCUGCUCGUGCACAAGCGAAGCCACACCGGUGAACGUCCGUUCCACUGCAGCCAGUGUGGUGCCUCCUUCACCCAGAAGGGAAACCUGCUUCGCCACAUCAAACUGCACUCAGGGGAGAAGCCCUUCAAGUGUCCCAUGUGCAGCUACGCCUGCCGCAGACGAGACGCCCUCAGUGGACACCUGCGCACUCACUCAAUAGAGAAGCCCUACAAGUGCAACCACUGCGGUCGCAGUUACAAGCAGCGCAGCUCCCUUGAAGAGCACAGAGAGAGGUGCCAUGUGUACAUCCAGAACAAAGGCAACGCUGAGAGAGCCGGUGAGGACACCCACGUGUCCAGGACUACUCACAUGGGCGCGGAGCGCGCUCUGCUGCUUGACAGGCUGGCGAGCAACGUGGCCAAACGCAAGAGCUCCAUGCCACAGAAGUUCACUGGGGACAACGGUGUGUGUCUGGACCUGAGCUUCAACAGGGAGCUGAUCCACCGCUCCGACGUCAUGGACCCUCCCCUCACCUCCCCAGGACCCGAGAACCACCACAGCCACCAGCCCCUCUACACAGGCCGGGACCCUGACUCUGCCUCCCCCCACAGGGCCUCCUACCCCAUCCCCCUGAGCCGCGCUGACAUGAGCCCCCUGGCCCUCACCAAUGGUCACAAACUGGAGCAGCAGCAGAGCACCGGUCUCGCCUACCUGCCCCGGCCCAGCCAGGGCCACUCUAGCCUGGACUCACUCCACACCGAUCGGGCCCAGCUCUCCCAGCCUCUCAUCUACAGCCUGGGGCACCUGCUGGGGCCCAGUCCUCACAACAACCUCCCGCACCCCCAUGCCCAUGCCCAUGCGCUCAACAUGCCCCCCCUAGAGGCUCUGAGGGUGGUAAGGGGCGAGGGGGAGGUAGGGGUUGGGGUAGGUACAGGGGCGGGGGCAGUGUACCCCUGUGUUCACUGCAGGGUUUGGUUUCUGGACUACGUCAUGUUCACCAUCCACAUGGGCUGCCACGGCUUCCGUGACCCACUGGAGUGCAAUGUGUGUGGCCACCGCAGCCGGGACCGCUACGAGUUCUCCUCACACAUUGUGCGCGGCGAGCACCGCUUGGAGUUGAAGUAAUGUAGUCACACAUGAGCACGUGAACACACACACACCCAUACAUGUAGUCAGACUCCUAAACUGAAUAAUGCAUACACAUGUAUACACUUACACACAUUAAUUGUGUACAUACAUUACAUACACACAAAAAGUAUGUCAGGGACUUUCCUUUUGGUUUUUAAUCAGCACAAGUAUUACCAUACACACACACAAAGAAAUGUAGCAUUUCAGUAAAGUAGCAUUUAAAAUGUUUUAUAGAGGAUAGUCAUGCCUCGACUCAAGCGUCAACAUUUAUUUAUGACAAAUAACAAAGUGGCCAAAGUAUAAGAAAUCAGGAUUAUCUGAAAGAUAAUCAUUGAUCAAUAGUUAUUUUCCAUCUAAAAUGAUGGAAAUAUGUGUUUUAUGUGGGACAACGUUUUAUUCAAUAGAAGUGGUAAUAGGCAGUCAAUAUUUGGCAUUACCUUUGCCAUGCCUGCUGCUUUUAGGAUGUGAUAUACUACAGUAUUUCCAAAUGUCCUCUAUAUGUACAGCAGUAGUAGUAGGACAUAGUACUGAGUACAUUUUGCGUUGACUGUAAGCUGACUGACAGACUCUGAUGUAUAUUUGUUUUCCUGUUAACUGUACUGAGGUUUGAAAAUAAAAAGAGAUAAUUAAAGCUA